CAAGUAUCUUGGCUCUGUCUCACGCUUUCAUGGAUAUACUAUCUCCGACCACCCCGAUAGCGGCAGCUGGGGCAUCCAUGUUUACCAAGUGCCUCCUGUAUCCGGCAGAUACCUUGAAAUGCCGUGUACAGGCUGGUGUCAUUCGGCGUGGCCCUGUGACCCUGACCACACUCUAUCGUGGUCUACUACCCAAGCUGGUGCUCUAUGUUCCAUACCAGUCUCUGUAUAUGACAUCAUAUCAGUUCUAUCGGAGAUCUUUUUCUGGCUCGAUGCUCGCAAAUCAGCACCCACUUCUCAUAACAGGCAUUUCUGGGGCUCUAGCUGAGAUGACUGGUGCGUGCAUUCGUCUCCCAAUGGAGGUACUCAAGCAGAGGAUGCAGACAGGUCGAUAUGAGAACCUUAGAGUUGCCCUGCGAUCGACUAUCAAAUCACCACUGGGCUUCAUCAAUGGCCGAGUGUUCGUAGCUCAGACCAUUCUGCAUGACAUCCCCUUUGGGAUCAUCCAAUGGACAGCUUUCGAGACUAUUACCCACCGAGUUGAGACUAAGAGAAGCAAUGAUGGAUCUACUGGACCGUGGGUCCAUCUAGCAGCUGGAACACUGUCAGGAUCGAUAGCGGCUGUACUCACGAACCCGAUGGAUGUCGUGAAGACUAGAGUCGUCACCACGCCGAUGAGUGAGGGAACACCGGCUAUAUCUAGCGUCAUACGAUCAAUCCACGCUGAGGGUGGUGCUAGGGGAUUCCUUAGAGGUUCCCUGUUGAGGCUACUGCAUGUUGCCCCCAGUAAUGGGGUCUAUCUUGCCUUGUUCAGCUUUCUAAACUCCACCCUUGCUAAUAUUGAAUAGCUUCUAUGUAGAAUAUUCCUCUUGGUAUAUGUUCCUUGCGAUAUUCCUCGUACAAUUCAACAUUGAUAACUGCUAUCAUCACUGCGCUUUCCUGU